CUCAAAUUAUCUGGUAUAUAAAGGUACCAACAAGUCCCUAUUCAUACCUGAAGAGGAAACAAAGGAGCUAUUGACGUUUCUUAUUCACAACCCUUGCUUCGUCCCUUGGUAAAACAAAACAAAUAUGCCCCUUGAAACCAUCAGCCGAGGAUUAUGCGCCUCAGAGAAAAGAACAGGUCAAACAAACUCAAAACAUUGACGCAAACAAAAAUAGCACACACCAAAGACACACACAUUGACCUCCAUGUAAUCGUGUCCUCUCCCGCAAUGCCAUUGUCGACAAAACAGCAAUUAUAGGGAAACCAGGUAGUUACGGUCAAAAGAUGAGUGCCCAUUCAGAGGUGCCCCGAGGGGAGUCGUGGGCUUCAAUUCCAACAGAUUUAAUUCUCGCCGAGCUGAAGCGUCGCAAAGAUGAUGGCGAGAAACCAGAGUGCGGUUCGAGGACGAAGGGCUCUUAUGAUACGUCGGCGCAUGUAUUUGCAUUGAUUCUUAUCUUGACCCUCAGCACGUUGGCAUGCGCAUUCCCUCUUUUCUCGCGUCGAACAAUGCGUGGUCGAGGCCAGAAAACCGUGAUAUUCUACUGCCAGCACAUUGGAACCGGUGUCCUUCUGGCAACGGCCUUCGUCCACCUCCUCCCGACCGCUUUCGAGUCCAUGACCGACCCAUGCCUCCCCGAUUUCUUUAGCAAAGGAUAUACACCGUUCCCAGGUUUUGUGGCUAUGGUUUCUGCUAUCAUUGUCGUCGGCAUCGAAUCGUACCUUACUGCCCGAGGAGCUGGCCACUCUCAUUCUCACAAUCAUGGGUACUUUGACUCGGACGAUGAACACGAGAGCGAGCUGCCCAUGAUGGAUGCAGCUGGACUGUCUGAAAGGAGGCACGGACCGCGACCACCGGAUAUUCAUCUUGAGAACAUGGAGAGUCAGGGGCUUGUUGCUGGCGUGUCACCUCUCCCUGGAUCUUCACCUCUGGUGGGACAGGAGGGCAAGAAGCUUAACGGUGAUUUCAACGAUGACGACUCGGAUCUUGACUUGGAUAUGGAAGAGCUUGAGCCAGCUGGAUCAAGCAGCACGAGACAUCGACAUGGACCUUAUGCGUCGCUCAAGCCUGAGGGAGCUGGGGCUGAGGAGGAGCCUAUGACACCCAUGACGCCCAUGUCUCCCGGACCACAGAACCCCGAGGAGCAACAAAGAAAGCUACUGCAGUGCCUUUUGCUUGAGGCUGGUAUUCUCUUUCACAGUGUCUUCAUCGGUAUGGCCAUCUCCGUCGCUACCGGUCCCGCCUUUGUAGUCUUUCUUGUCGCUAUCAGCUUCCACCAAACCUUCGAAGGUCUCGCCCUUGGCAGUCGCAUCGCCGCAAUUCAGUUCCCCCGCAAAUCUCUCCGUCCAUGGCUCAUGGUUCUCGCCUACGGAACCACAACACCAAUCGGCCAAGCAAUCGGUCUUAUCGUGCAUCGCAUGUACGACCCCAAGAGCGCAGGAGGUCUACUCGUGGUUGGCUUCAUGAACGCCGUGUCAUCGGGACUGCUGCUGUAUGCUGGUCUUGUGCAACUGUUGGCCGAGGACUUCUUGACAGAGAAGAGUUACAAGAUUCUGAAGGGUAAGAGGAGGUUACGGGCCUAUAUGGCUGUUUGUGCCGGUGCGCUCUUGAUGGCUGCCGUUGGAGCAUUUGCCUAGAGGGAGUUACGGGACGAUUUAAAAGAACUGAUGUACAUAGAAUGUAAAAUUGGUGGCGUCUUGUCAAUGGCGUCUUUCAGGGUGGGCAAUGGAGUUUUGAAUGUAACGCGGAGCGAUACAGACAUUGAUAAUUUUACUUGUAUUUCGUUUGUCUACUCUUUUACUCUUCAGAGUGAUACUACGCUGUAUGUGUAGGUAGACACUUCAUUGAGACGCC